AGGGGCCGGCGGGCGGCGUGAGGGCGGCCCAAGGUCGGCGCUGCGCUGCGCUGCCGUGCGCUGUCUUCGCGGCUGCCCGCAGAUGGAGUACGACUGGCUGGGCUUUGGCUACGCGGCGCUGGUGGCGGCGGGCGGUGUCGUGGGCUACGCCAAGGCAGGCAGCGUCCCGUCUCUAGCUGCCGGUCUGCUGUUCGGCGGCUUAGCGGGGCUAGGGGCGUACCAGCAGUCCAAAGAUCCAAAGAAUGUGUGGCUUUCCCUCGUGGCAUCUGGCACCUUGUCUACUGUUAUGGGAAUGAGAUUUUACAACUCCAAAAAGGCAAUGCCCGGGAUAAUUGCCGGUGCCAGUUUACUGAUGGUUGGACGGCUUGGAUUGCAGAUGAUGGAAAAACCUCUUAAGCCAUAAAUAUGCAUCAAGUGACCUGAAGACACAAGACUGAGUAGCCCAAAAUGCAACUGCCUAAAUAUGCUGCACAUAAGUGAAAAAGGCACUGCUACCUGUGCAUUGUAUUUUUCAUAUCCUAAUGCACGUGCGUUGUGUUUUUAAGGGACUGACACAGAGAGCCCUUGUCAUGGUGUGGUGUUUGUCUCAACCUUUUCUGCACUGAAAGCAAGCAAGAAAAUAUGAGUGUAGCAUUAGUUUAGCUUCUGGUCCUGCAGCUUAAUGUCAGCAAAGACCUCCUGGCCCUUGCAUGCAGACAGUUGCAGGAUUGAGACUGAAAUGCCCAUAUGACUUGUUCUUCUAAAAUCAUGUGUACCUCUAAAAGCAGGGGAGAGGAGUUUCUGAUUUGUCACUAGUAAUUAAUAGAAUAAAUGUGCUUAUGAUGUUGCAUCUCCCUUUCCAUGCCAGUUUGGCCGUUCACAGUGUUUGUCUGUCAGGGAGUUUGUUCUUCCAGCACUGUGUGUUAGAACCUGGUCCCACAAAACACAAUCACAGAACCAGCUGUGGUCAGGGCUCUGCUGUAAUGCAAUAAAUGCAUACCCAUGCCUUGCAAUCACUUGUAAGCUCAGCUCUAUGUCAUUCACUUUUACAGAUUACUACUCAUAAAUCAAAAAUAUGCUUUAUUAGGAAAUGCUGAAUUGUAGGCACAGCUUUAUUAAAACAUUAUUUUAAAUAAACUAAGAAAUUAUUAUUGCAAA